ACAAAAACAAAAUAAUAAGAAGAGAGAAAACAAUUUGCAAUUGUGUCAAAGUAAAGUUGAUAAAUUAGAAUCUGAGAUUAAUUCACAACAAACAACUAUAAACAAAUUAACACUACAUUUAUCAGAUAAAUCUAACAAAUUGGAAAUAUGUGAGGAUCAAUUAAAAAAACUGAAUUCUAGUGUUAUUGAAAAAGAUGAGAAAAUUUCUGAAUACUCAGCAACAAUUCAAAACAUCACAGAACAUCAGAAAACAAUUAGUUUGAAAUUAGAAAAGAAAGAUAAAGACAUUGAAAUAUGCCAAGCAGAAAUUAUUAAAUUAAAUAGGACAUCACAUAAUAAUAAUAUUCCUUCAAGUUGUCUCCCUUUCGGAGAUCAUCCUGGUGUGCAUGAAAUUAAAGUUUCUGGUGUUGGUUUCUUCGAUGUUCUAUGCGAUAGUGAGUUAGCUGGGCCUGGUUGGAUAGUAAUACAACAACGAAUUGGUGGAAAAGAGAACUUUCGCAGGGAUUGGGCCACAUAUCGCAAAGGUUUCGGUUCUUUGGAUAGUGACUUUUUCCUAGGAUUAGAAAAGAUGUAUCGACUAACAAGCUUACAGCAAUACGAACUCUACAUACAUUUGGUUGUCGAAGAUGGCAGCAUCUUCUACGCUCGAUACGAUGACUUCAAAAUAUCUGAUGAAGACAAUGGAUACGCACUAAGCUUGGGUAAAUUCAAGGGAAAUAUUAGGGAUGCGAUGAGAUACAGCGAAAACAUGAAAUUCACAACGUUCGAUCGCCAUAAUGACCGUACCAAUAAAAAUUGUGCAGUUGUGUAUAAUAGUGGCUGGUGGUACAAGAAAUGUUCGAAUUGUAACUUAAAUGCAUUAUACGGCGCUGAUCUAAAUUGGUGGACUGAAAUAAGAAAUCAACUUAAAGAAGCUAAGAUGCUUAUUCGUCCCAAAGAAGAAAUCAACAAGUGA